CCAGGCCAAGCUGGGGCUGCAUAAAACAGAGCUUGACCUCAGCUCUUAGCCAUACACCUUCCUGACAACAUGAGGUCCCAAAGCUUCUUGGUCCUGGUGGCGGUGCUCCUCGUCCUUGGGACACUGGCAGCCGAGGCAGCUGUUGUAAAAGGUCGUCCUAAAGGUCAGGGUGUUUAUAAAGGCAGAGGUCCGGUCAAAGGUCAAGAUCCAGUCGAAGGUCAAGAUCCAGUCAAAGGACAAGAUCCAGUUAAGGGACAAAAUCUAAUGGAACUCUACACUAAUCCUGGUUUUUGCCCCGAGAUGCUGGCCGAGUGGGAUGAUUCAAAUCUCCCUAAGCAGUGUGUGAACGAUUCCGAUUGUCCAUGGCCCUACAAGUGCUGUCCGAUGCGCCUUCGCGGGUGGCGGUGCUCCCCAGCUGAGAUGGAGUCCAUUCUUGCUGCACAUUGAAGUCCCCAGGGAAGCAGGCCCUGGUUCCGGCAGCACUAACCUCUCCUACAUUACCCCUCUUCUUCUCAUCCAGGAUGCCCAAGCCUAGGCUGCCUCUCUCAUGGACUUUCCAAUAAAAGACCACUUUCAGAUCCA